GCAGUGUGUAACCAAAACUGAAAAUGUGGGCGCAGAACCACUUUAAACAAGAGUAGUGUAAACCUAUAUGUACUGUAAAAAUUACACAUAAUUGCAUUUCUCAAAUCAACCUAAUCUCAACCGACAGGGCUUUUGCUCUGUUGAUCUUUGGAGAGGAUGAUGCUGAUGAUUACACGGAAGCUCGAGAUUUUUGAAAUGCUGAAGCUCUGCAUCCCUGCCGUACGGCCGUUGUGAUUGUCGUGAUUUUACUAAACAGUGAUUGGCUAAACCCCUACCACGUGACCGUCCUUCGUCCAGAGUGGACUUUCUACGACAGCUGAGUAGCUAGUCGGUCGGUUUCAGGCACCGUGAGCAAUUUUAACUACAAUAAUAAUAAUACAAAAAAAAAGCAUAUCAUGGGAGACAAAAGGAGUCCCACGAGGCCGAAGCGGCAACCCAAGCCCUCCGCCGAUGAUGGAUACUGGGAUUGUAGCGUCUGCACGUUUAGGAACACAGCUGAGGCUUUUAAGUGUAUGAUGUGUGAUGUCAGGAAGGGAACGUCAACUCGAAAGCCACGGCCUGUUCCCCAACUGGUUACACAACAAGUAAAUCCGCAGUUUGCCCUACCGUCGCCGCCGCCACCGCAACCACCACCACCGAGACCUACACUACCCAAAAAAGAGAAAAAAGAAAAGGCAGAGAAAGAGAAGAACGAAAAAGAGCCAACGCUUAAAAAGAACAACAAUAAAACAAUGAGGCCCAGGUUGAAAAAUGUCGACCGUAGCAGCGCGCAGCAUCUGGAGGUCACCGUCGGAGACCUGACCGUCAUCAUCACAGACUUUAAGGAGAAGGCCAAGCCUCCUCCGGCCACCGCUACCUCAGCAGACCUGCACAGCCACAGCGGGUCCGGCUCGGACAACCCGGAGCGGAAGGGCUCCCGGGCGUCCUCGCCGCGUGGGGAGGGUUCCUCUGUGAACGGGGACGCCCACUGACGCAUCACUACAGUCCUCCUCCUCUCGGGAUGAUCCACACUCCCCAGCUCCUGUGUUCGUUGUAGGACAUACGACCAAUACAGUAAUCUUCAGUUAUGCACAAAGCCACAAAGAGCUAUAUCGACUGAACGCUUGAUGGGAGAACUAUUGCAUUAAGACGAGUGAACUGACCUAAGCCACAGAGUGGAUUGGAAUCCUGAGUUUUUUUUUCUGUGCCAUGAGUCAGAGUGGCAAGUGGUUUGAUUGUUCAAUUAUUGUAUUGUUCCUAAUAAGGGUGAUCGGAGUAUUGGGAUUCAUAGGAUGAGUUUAUAUGCACUGUGUAAAAAUGUGAAGCGGUCAUCUCUGAACAAUAGUUUACACAUAGAUUGUUGUUAGAUUGUUUGCACUUGAUAUGUUGAUUAAAUCUGUUUACUUUGA